GAGAGAGAGAGAGAGAGAGAGAGAGAGAGAUUGCUGAAGCGAGGUUCAAAGCUCUUGAACCGAGUUAAUGGUGGUUUUGCCUCAUUUCUUAAUUUGAAGGUGAACCAAAGGAAAACUGGCCUGUUUCAUUUAUUAAGGGCUUAUUCAGCCUGUUGAAGAUUAGCUUAGGAUUUCACAACUUGGACGUACUCGCUUCUUUUAUGGGCUGCUGGUUUUCAAAACAAGUCAAGCACACUCCUGGGUAUGAAGAACCGGCUAUUCUUGCAGCUGAGACCGCAUCAGUCACUGUCAGCGAGGUAGAGGCCCUGUACGAGUUGUUCAGAAAAAUUAGCUAUUCAAUUUUCAAAGAUGGCCUUAUUCAUAAGGAAGAGUUCCAGCUUGCUCUCUUCAAGAACAGCAAGAAGAAUAAUCUUUUUGCUGACAGGAUUUUUGACUUAUUUGAUCUUAAGCGAAAUGGUGUAAUCGAUUUUGGGGAAUUUGUUAGAUCCCUCAGUGUCUUCCAUCCAAACACGGCACAAGAUGAAAAAAUUGCAUUUGCUUUCAGAUUAUAUGACUUGAGGAGCACUGGUUUUAUUGAACGUGAAGAGUUAAAGGAGAUGGUGCUUGCUCUUUUAAAUGAAUCAGAGUUGUGUCUUUCAGAUGAUUUAGUUGAAACGAUCGUUGAUCAGACAUGCAAGCUGGUAGAUUCUAACUCUGACGGGAAGAUAGAUCCCAUUGAAUGGAAGGAAUUUGUGACGAAAAAUCCAUCCCUGCUCAAGAAUAUGACUCUUCCAUAUUUGAAGGAUAUAACAAUGGCAUUUCCCAGCUUUGUAAUGAGCUCUGAAGCUGAUGAUGAAGUGUUAGAUUAACUAGCAAGUGAUAAUGCUCUUGUUCUUCUCAAUUUGUUAGCUGAUUUCUUCUAAUCUUUUUGGUAAGAGUGGAUGGAUUACUCAAAACCAGAAGGCUCUUAAUCCCUUCAGAGCAGUUUUUGUUGUUCAAUACAAGUAGCAUAGUAUGUUGAUCUUCUACUGAUGAAAUAUAUAAGUCUGUAUUGUGAUACUGAACUAUUUUGGUCUCUUUUCUUGUAAAGAUAGGAGGAUGAGAUGGAAUCUCUCUUUGAAUUUUGGUAUAUAUGUAGGGAAGCUUUGAUCAAUUAAUGUAUCAGCAUAUGAUUGGCUAAGGCUUUAUUAAGGCCAGCUUCAUGUGCUUAAACACUUCAUGACUUUAUUAUCAUUAUUAAGGCUUCA